AUGGCAUCUGAAAUGGAGCAUAAAUUGUGGGCUGCAGUUGCUGAUGAAACUGCUUCGGCAGUAAGAUAUGGUUUUGAAGAAAAACUCUUUGAAUCCUCCCUCUCGGCCCUCUACUACAGUUUUGAUGGUGCAUCUGAUCAAUCUUUUCAGACUAGAAAUGUGACUGUUGAGUUACCAGUUUUGAGUAUAUUUUGUUGGGGGCUGGCCGCUGGAGUAAUCAUCAAGCUUGGAGCGUUCUGGUUGCAUGCUGAACAUGGCAAUAACACGAAAGGCUUGAAGAUAAAGACUUGGGCCAAUGUUCAUCGUGGAAGUGGGCUGGGGACGUCCAGCAUCUUAUCAGCAGCUGUUGUGAAAGGUCUUCUCCAUGCGGAGACGAUAGUAAUGAGAGUGUCACCCGACUUGUAUUGGUAUUGGAACAGCUUAUGGGACGGUGGCUGCCAGGAUCAAAUUGGUGGUCUCUAUCCCAGGAUUAAGUUUACUAAUUCAAGUUUUCCUGGAAUCCCAUUACGGCUUCAAGUCAUUCCUCUAUUAGCUUCACCCCAACUUAUCAAAGAGCCGCAGCAACGACUUCUUGUAUUUACAGGUCAAGUGAUUGUUUGGUAG